CGAUGGGCUUUUCAAACGGAAAAAUAGUACGAAGAGGCCCAGCCCAUACAAACGAACUCAUUCUGAACGCCGUCGUCCCGAGACUCACUCCUUCACACCACUGUGAUGAUCCUAAAACCCUCGUAUUCCAUAGCCGGAGACGUAUAAACCUCUGAAAUCUCCUCCCUCCACUCUCGCAUUUCUCAGCUCGCAAUAUCCAUGGCGUCGGUUGCCUUCAGAAACCAUGGCUCGAAGCGUAUCCUCUCUCUGUCUCCUCAAAUCUACUCCUGCUGCCGGGGAUCGGUUUCCGCUCAGCUCUCGCUCUCCGAAUCCGCGCCUCACAGCGAGAUUCCUUCAUUUUCCAAUCCAUGGUGGAGAUCCAUGGCCACUUUUACUCGAACAAAACCUCAUGUUAAUGUGGGAACAAUCGGGCAUGUCGAUCAUGGAAAGACUACCCUUACCGCUGCGAUCACAAAGGUCCUAGCUGAUGAGGGAAAGGCUAAAGCUGUUGCAUUUGAUGAAAUUGAUAAAGCUCCUGAAGAGAAGAAAAGAGGAAUUACGAUUGCAACGGCGCAUGUCGAAUAUGAGACUGCCAAAAGGCACUAUGCUCAUGUAGACUGUCCUGGUCAUGCUGAUUAUGUUAAGAACAUGAUUACUGGAGCUGCACAAAUGGAUGGGGGCAUUCUUGUUGUAUCAGCGCCGGAUGGACCUAUGCCUCAAACAAAAGAGCACAUUUUGCUUGCACGUCAGGUUGGUGUCCCAUCACUUGUCUGCUUUUUGAACAAAGUUGACGCUGUUGACGAUGAAGAGCUACUUGAACUUGUGGAAAUGGAACUCCGUGAGUUGCUUAACUUUUACAAGUUUCCUGGGGAUGACAUCCCCAUUAUUCGAGGUUCUGCCUUGUCAGCUUUGCAAGGUACAAAUGAUGAAAUAGGAAGGAAGGCAAUUCUGAAGUUAAUGGAUGCUGUAGAUGAAUAUAUUCCUGAUCCUGUUCGUCAACUUGAUAAGCCAUUCUUGAUGCCAAUUGAAGAUGUUUUCUCCAUUCAGGGACGUGGAACUGUGGCUACUGGCCGUGUUGAACAAGGAACUAUUAAAGUGGGAGAAGAUGUGGAGAUCCUGGGGCUGAUGCAGGGAAACUUGAAAAGUACAGUAACUGGAGUUGAAAUGUUCAAAAAGAUCUUGGAUAAUGGACAGGCGGGUGACAAUGUUGGUCUUUUGUUGCGUGGUUUGAAACGUGAUGAUAUUCAACGAGGAAUGGUGAUUGCAAAGCCAGGAACAGUGAAAACAUAUAAGAAGUUUGAAGCAGAGAUUUAUGUACUUACUAAGGAUGAGGGUGGCCGCCACACCGCAUUCUUUUCAAACUAUAGGCCGCAGUUCUACUUAAGGACUGCUGAUAUCACGGGUAAAGUGGAAUUGCCCGAAGAUGUAAAGAUGGUCAUGCCCGGGGAUAAUGUGACUGCUACUUUUGAGUUGAUCUCUCCCGUUCCACUGGAUAAAGGACAACGAUUCGCCUUGAGGGAAGGUGGUAGGACUGUUGGUGCAGGGGUUGUUUCAAAAGUAAUAAGCUGAGGUGCACAUGCCAUUAGAGUUCUGGAUUCCCUAUCCUUUUUUUUGUCUUUUCCGAAGAGGAUCGAGCAAAGGAAUAUUUAAGAGUACAAUUGGAUGGUUAACAUUGUACUCUCAUCUAGCUCUUGAUUAUGUGCAAGGCAAUUCUCAUGAUGUGAAAUUCAUGAUACUGAAGAUUAUUUUUUUUUCUUCAUUUCUUUUAGCAUUUUACUAUAGGUCUUGAAGUAGCAAUUUCUCGAGUAUUUACUACGCUUCAUCAGUGAAUAAGUACAACUUUUCUUUCAGUGUUUUGGGUUUAUUAACUUUUGUUCAAGCUUUCUGAAAUUUGAAUAGAGUGAUCCCUUAUGU